GAAAUAAUACUGAACUUAAUUGAAAUAAGAAAUAAUUAUUUUACAGGAUCUAUAGAUUUUCAAGAUAGUCUUGACUGCAAAAAUUGUAUUUACAGUUACAUCUGAACAUCUCUAGGAUUUAGUUAUUAUUAUUAUCUGUUAAAACUAGAACAAUGUCAAGAAUUGAAUCGUCAUCAACUACUUCUAUGAAUCGAAGUGCACAUGGCGAGGAACAGUUUAAAAGUCGUUACUACCUACAUCAUCAUGGUCCAUAUCAUUAUCACGGUCGACCGUUAAGUUCACUUAAACAACACAUGUCCAGCAGUACACUUGCGCAUUUGAUACCAAAUGCAAGUCAAAAACACUUACAUCGUCAGCAUAAAUCAGCUCACCGAUUUGAAUUCUCUAGCGCAGGUAAUUUAGCAGCUAACCAUUCAAGUUUGGAAAAGGAACUCGGUCGUAAAUCAGGUGGUGAUGAAACAGUUUUUGAGGUAAUAUUGAAAGGACACGUUUUUGUACGUGCUACUUGUUCCCGACUUCGUGAAUGUUGUGAAUUUUGUCAACACUCAGUUCAUGGCCACUCUUAUUUGUACUGUCGAAAUUGUCCAGUUGUAAUUCAUAAUAAAGACGUUUGUCAGGAACGCCUAACUAGAGUUUGUCCUGCUCCGGAGAUUGGAAUUACAGGAUGGGGAGAAGGAAAUUAUUCAAUUAAAUUCGAUGAAAAACCAUCAAUCGACUUAGAAGCUGUAUUUCUGUCUGGUCUCCCUGGUCUUCAGUCCAAUAAAUGUUUUGAAUGUGGACGUAUUUUAGACGCACGUAGCGGACAUGAACUUGUACCCGAUAAAACUUUAGGUGAUUUGAAUGGAUCUUCAAGUAAUCAUCCCAAAUCAACAAAAAAGCAGAAAGUCAUUUCACAUUUACGACGAGUUCGUUCACAUCACCAGUUUAGUGAGACAACCAAUGUUCCUGAAGCAACAGCUAUGCGUAUAUGUCAUAUGACUGGGAAAUAUUAUUGUGAACGUUGUCAUUGGAAUGAUGUUUGGCAUAUACCGGGUUCAAUCUUCCUUUUGAAUGAUAAAUCUAAACAACCUAUAAGCCGAUCAAUCUAUAUUAAGAUGAGAGUUAUGUGGGAUUCUGUUGUAUUGAGAGUCCCAUCUUACUGGCAUCGUGAGAAUCUAGAGGCUGCUCAAGUUUAUGAAGUUCGUAGUAAACUGCAUAACUUACUACGUUACACUUUAUUAUGUCCCGAGGCGUCUUCAUUGAAGGCUACUGCAGAGCUUGUUGAACCAACUCAUUUGUUGGGCUAUCCUGAUUAUUAUCGAAUGUGUGAUGUUCUCGAUGUAUUGAACGGGACAUUAUAUCCAAGACUAUUAAGUUAUUUGAAAACAUGGUCUGAACAUGUAUCACACUGUCCCGUUUGCGGUGACGCUCAGAAGACUGCGGGAAGUGAUGGUGGUAUAUGGGUCGGUGAAAAACUCGUUUAA